ACCCUUGGGACAGGCCCCGUAAGGUGGUAAUAAUACGUUUAAACUAAGCUCCGAAUUCAUUCAAAGUGUGUAGACGGUACAUUUUCAGUUUUUAUUUACACGUACGAAGUGGUUAUUGUAUAUGGAUCGGGAUCCCUACCGUGAUAUAAGCUACACUUAAAUUAAAUUAGUUAAAGAAGCAUGCAGUUGUGCUUUGCAAGUUUGGUUUAAUAGCCAGGGUCGUGAAGACAGAUAAGUUAUUUGCCAUAAGUGGAAGGUCAUUGUGGAGAAAAGACGCUGACUGCACAUCCAAUAGGUAACAAUGAGCUACAACCGCACACCUACCACUGCGGUCCAAACAGGGAUAAGAACACAGAGGAGUUUCCAAGAUCUCGUCAAUUCCAGUGAUUGCGCCGAGCAGCUGAGUCGAGUUACCAAGCCAACAGACAUUGAAGAUGUACUCUUCAAUCUUCUCAAGAGUGGAGAUAUGGUCAGCAUCCAGAAAUUCUGGGCUGCGCUAGAAAUGACUGGAUUAAGGGAGACUGACCCAAGGCUAAAAGAAACAAAGGCUAAUUUAGAUGAUGUACGGGAGAAACAUCUCUACGACACAGAUGAGAGCAAUGAUGAAAAAGUUGAUAGAGAAACAUUUAAGAAGUGUACUCAUGACAAUAUUGUGUUGAUUGGAAUGGCCUUCAAGAAUGAAAUGGUCAUCCCGGAGUUCUGGGAUUUUACGGGUCACAUAGACACGCUAUACUACUCGUGUCAAAAAAACACUCAAGGAACUCCAGCACAGUACAUUCCACAGCUGGCUAGAGCGGAUCCAAAUCUGUGGGGAAUCUCAGUGUGCACAGUGGAUGGACAGAGACAUUCAAUCGGUGAUACAACGAAACCAUUUAGUAUCCAGUCUUGUAGUAAACCUCUCACAUACGCACUUGCUAUGAGUGAGAUAGGGGUAGACGAAACUCACAAAUAUGUCGGCCAGGAGCCAAGCGGCCGUAGCUUCAAUGAACUGACAUUAGAUUGUCGCAAUAAACCACACAAUCCUCUUAUAAAUGCAGGCGCUAUAAUUACAGCUGGACUAUUAAAAAGAAAACAUCCGAUAUCAGAAAGAUUCGAAUAUACACAACUAAUGUACAGUCUUCUUGCGGGCGGGGAGUACACUGGAUUCAGCAAUUCGACCUACCUUAGUGAGAGGGCGACAGCUGACAGGAACUUUGCCCUAGGCUAUUACAUGAAGGAACAUGGUUGUUUUCCUGAAGGUUCAGAUCUGGUGGAAACUUUAGAAUUUUAUUUCAUGCUGUGUUCAAUCGAGAUAACAGCGGAGUCUGGAGCUGUUAUAGCGGCCACUUUAGCCAACGGGGGGAUUUGUCCCAUUACAGGAGAAAAGGUCCUCUCAGGAGACGCUGUCAGGAACACACUUUCGCUUAUGUAUUCAUGUGGAAUGUAUGAUUAUUCUGGUCAAUUCGCCUUCCACGUCGGCUUACCAGCAAAAUCGGGAGUAGCUGGGGCAGUCCUAUUGGUUGUUCCCAACCUAAUGGGCAUUUGUACCUGGUCUCCUCCCCUGGACAAGCACGGCAACAGCAACAGAGGGAUCCAGUUUUGUGAGGAACUGAUUGACAAGUUUAGCUUCCACAACUAUGACAACCUGAAGCACACUACCAAGAAGAUGGACCCCCGAGUGAGGAAAGGAGACGUCUCGGCCAAUUCCAUUGUUGCCUUGCUUUUUGCUGCCUCUAAUGGAGACCUAUCUGCCAUGAGGAGAUUUGCACUUUCUGGAAUGGACCUUACUGAAGGAGAUUACGAUGGUCGUACGGCGUUGCAUCUUGCGGCAGCAGAGGGGAGGCUAAAUGUUGUCAAGUUUCUUCUAGAAAAAUGUAAAGUCCCAGUUGACCCAAAAGACAGGUGGGGCUUUACUCCAUCGGACGACGCUAAGAAAUUUCAACAAAGUGAAGUCGAGGAGUACUUCUGGAAAUACAAACCUGGGCAGAAUGAACGUUCUGAAAACAAGACAUCUCUGAAAGAUCUUGUUCAAUCUGUGGUCCUGUCAGAAUAAAGUGUGAUACGUUGUGCGUGUUUUGGAUUAAUAUGAUAUGGGACUUUACGCCGAUGGAUGACGCCAAGCGCUUUGGACAUAAAGAAAUUACGAAUUACCUCAGGCAAUUUAUCGCAGGGGACAUCGACAUAGGGUCUCUGUCACUGGCAGAAUCGGGGAUAGAAGCCGAUGAUGAAUCAAAUUCUAUAGAGUAACUGGACGUUUAUGUCAGUUCAGGAAAUAUAAUCAAAUUAAAUGCAAGUUGGGCCAAAAAGACAGGAAAAGUUCAUGAACAGACAUAAUCAUUCGGUUGUAUAGCAGGAUAAAGCUCACCCUCAAGGCCCGAUGAGAACAUUAUAGAGAAUGAGAGAGCAAAUAUGUCAUGUUUUUAUAUGUAACACACAAGUACUGUAUUUUAAAUACUAAAUGUCAUAUUAGACACUGACUUAGAGUGAGUGCGCUGCGUGCACCACGGGCACAAUAAAAAUACGUUUUGCACGCUGGUGUUAGGGAAAUUUUUCUAACAAAAUCAUUAUCUUUGAUUUGGGUGAAGGAGAACAUAAUGGCACAAUAUUAUAUUCUAGAGCUACAUAUUUUUGUAUUGCAAUUCUAACAAUAAAUCUGAUAUAUAACUGU